ACUCCACUCAAACAAUCUUGACAUAAAAGUCUAUGUUGUUCCGAGCUGCGGAUUUCCUCCUUCAUAAUAAUGGAAUUGUCUAUGUAUGACGUCAAUGAUUUUACAGAAGGGCUUGAAAGUAAUCCAAUUUAUUAUGAAAAUCUACAACUGUCUAAAAGUAUGAAGACUUUCAAGUAUAUCUGUAGUAAUAUACCAGGCCCAGGUUGUAAUAUGGAUAAUUAUGUGGAACAAUUUUGUGGCUGCAAUUGUCAGCCAAGCUGUGAACUCAUAAGUUGCUCAUGUAUUGAACAACAGGGUCUUAAUUAUCAAAAUGGACGUCUUUUAGAAAAUAUUAUAUGUGGAGAUAGUUCCAAAGCUAUACUUGAGUGCAACUCAAAGUGUUCUUGUGAUAGAGCCUGCUCAAAUAGAUUAGUUCAGAAUGGUAUAAAAUAUAAACUUGAGGUUUUUACCGUUAAACACAAGGGUCUGGCGUUACGGACACUGGAAACAAUUCCAAGGGGAUCAUUUGUUUGUGAAUAUGCUGGUGAAAUAGUAAGUGAAGAAGAAGCCAAUAAAAGAUCAAAGAAAUUAACCAAAGAUGAUAUGAAUUAUUUGUUUGUAUUAAAGGAGCACUGUGCCUCGGGAAUAAUUCAAACAUUCAUUGAUCCAAAAUAUAAAGGCAAUAUCGGUCGAAUGAUCAACCAUUCUUGUGAUCCGAACCUAACAAUGCAUCCAGUUCGAAUCAAUAAUAGUAUACCUCGAUUAGCUUUGUUUGCUAAUACUGAUAUAGAAUUGUUGGAAGAAUUGUCAUUUAGUUAUGGAUCUAGUUCGAAUUGUGAUACAGACAAAGGUGUCAAUAAAAAAGCAUGUUAUUGUGGAGUAACUAUGUGUAAGAAUUAUCUCCCUUUUGAUACAUCUGUUUUUCUGUAGAUUUGUUUGUGCUGCAUAAAAAUUGUGACAGAUUCUUUAUAAUAAUGAUAUCCCUAUGUUCUUGGUAAAAAUAUAUCAGUAAAUAUCAGAUGCAAAUUUUUGGCGCUAAAAUACAUCUCAAGACCACUGCAUUUUUGCAAAUCUUUCUUGGUUAUUGGCUUGAAAUUUAUUCCACAUAUGAUGUCAACUUCAACUGUCUAUUUUCUACCUAAAACAAAUUGAUCAAAAUCCAGUAAACAACAAGAGUUUUAAUCAUUAACAAUAAUUACAAAAUAUUAGAGUAAAAUUCAUACAAAAGCAAUAAUAUAUCAUAUAUACCAACUUCCAGACUAUCACCAAAAGAAAACAAUUACUCAGAUUAAAACAUUUAUAAAUCAGUUACAAAAUAUAUAUUUAUACAGAAUAAAAACAAAUAUAUAUUUAUAUCAAAUUUAAACAUUUAGUGAAAACAUGUAGGGUACUUUCUUUUGCAGUGACGCAUUUAGGACUCCAGGUUGGGUGAGGCCACAAGUGUCUUAACUGUAGUUUUAAGAUAUGUGUUGGGAACUGCCGCUGUUAAAUGUUUUGGACCAGUCAAAUAUGAUAUAAAAAAAAAAUAAAUUAAAACAUGAA